CUAAUUCAGCUUCCUGAACAAUUGGUUGAAAUCACUCUUUGUGUUCUCGAAUGGGAACGGGAAGGUUUAUUAAUGUCUCAGUCUUUUGAUCGAAUCUCUACAAUUGAUUGUUCCUGGUUCAAUAGUGUCAUUACAGAAUCACAACGUCAUGGACCUGAGACCAUGCUCCUUAGUGCAUACACCACUCAUCAACUCUUCAACUCUAACAACUUCUUUCCUUUUGUUUGACAAUUUUCAUAUCUCAACUUAAUCCCAUUUGUACAUUAAAUUAACUUGCCUGUGUAAUUUGUAUGCAUUCUGUCUCAAUCACUCGUCGUCAAAUCUUCCGAAGUUCAGUCUUUCCUAGUUUCAAGACAUAUUCUACCACUAGAGUCAAAAUGGCGAAUGAAGGACGAUCAGAUAGCUUUGGAAAAGCUCAUAAAUCACUCAAUGUAUUCAACAAGCCUCUCGGUCAAUUUGCGAAAGGAACUGGAUUUUACAGAGAUGGACAGUGUGAUGUUGGUCCAGAGGAUACGGGUAAUCACUCGGUUGCUGCAACUUUAACAGACAGCUUCCUUGAUUUCUCUGCGUCCCGUGGUAACAAUCUUCGCGAUGCCGGCUUGACUGGAGGAAAGAAAUGGUGUCUAUGUGCCAGUCGCUGGAAAGAAGCAAUGGAAGCAGCCAAAAAUUCCAAGGACGAGAAUUUAGUACCUAAGGUGCAUUUGCAUGCUACUCACGAGAGAGCUUUGGAUGCAAUUUCACUAGAGGAUCUGAAGAAAUAUGCCGCGGAGCCAGAAGCAGCUAACGCUAGCACGGUACCCCAGAGUCGAAAGGGAAAUAAUCUGCCAGGGGGUGUUCCAACAAAGGAGAGGACAGAGCUUGCGGGGACUGAUGAAAUGACUGGGAGUCGGCAGAGGGGCAACUAUUAAGCUGAGGAUACAUAUGAGAGAUCAUAUGAGAUUAAUGGGAAGAAAAAUUUGGCAGUUGGAGGAUCAUUGCUUUUGCGGGACUGGCUCGAAUUCACGAGAUGAUGCGAUGCGCCAUUGCCGUUGAAUCUCUAAGACGGUGAAAUUCUGUCUCAUGUCGGGAAAACAUGCUCCAUCUACUAGUGCUCAAGUUGAGCUAGGAUUUAAUGAGUAUGAUGAUUCUCAUGAUUGCCUACAAGUAAUUGUUUCAUAAUGUACCAUAAAAGUUGUAAAUUGUGU